UCUGGUGACGGUCAAAAGUCGCGACUUUCUGUAGUUUUGUCUUUAAGACGAUACCUGGCCGGAGGGUCGCCGGUGAUGUUGGGGGCAGGAGGAUUCGGGAUAGCCGCGGCGAGCAUCUCCUUGAGCGGUGUCAAGAACUGCUUUCUGCACUUGCCGCCUGGGCUGGUUUCCUACCUCCGACUGCAGCAGGAUCAAGUUGUGAAAGCAUCUUGGGGUAAUCAACCAGUAUUCUUGGGUUGGAUGGAAAUCAGACGUUAUCGUCAAACAGAAGAAAAUAUUGUUGAAAUAAAUAGACACUUGGCAGGCAAGCUUGGCAUCAAAGAUGGACAACAGAUACCUGAACAGUUGAGAAAGAAGCUACAUAUAGAAAUGCAUGCUGCUGUUAGAAUCACAUCAAUCAGUUCAGAUCCUAAAAUUCCAACCUCUCUUAGACUUCAGCCUGAACGUUCUUUAAAUAGAGAAAUAAGUGAAGAAGACAUUAAAAGUGCAUUUAAGUUGUGGCUAGAGGAUUACAUUAGGCUUCCCUUGAUCACAGCAGAAACAAGCUAUCUACAAUUGGCACUUAACUUUGGCCUGGAAGACUUUGUCCUCACUAUAGUCACUUCUGACCCUGAAGAAGAGAAAGCUAGAAAUACUUUCAUUUUGAGCCCUAGCUUGCUGCAGAAGGCAAAUAUACAAGUUUUGUUACAUCCUGUGUCUUCAGGAUUCAACAGUAGUAACUUCCAGUCUUGUUGUGAACAGCCUUUGCCAUGGUUCAAUCUAAACUACUUAGGUGGAGUGGAUAACAUUGGAUUAUCAUCUUUGAAACACAUAUCACAUAGCCUCUUGAUACAUCCUCUGUCUCAAAAACUAGCUCCUUUUUGUGCUGGACUAUGCAGUGGUGGUGUCCUAAUUACUGGAGCGAAGGGAAGCGGCAAAUCAACGUUAGCAAAGGCCAUUUGUAAGGAAGCAUUUGAUAAAUUUGAUACUCAUUUGGAAGUGAUAGAUUGUAAAGCUUUAAGAGGGAAAAGAUUAGAAAGUGUACAGAAGAAGCUGGAAGAAGCCUUCCUAGAGGCAGCAUGGAGACAGCCGUCGAUCGUUCUGUUAGAUGAUCUUGAUCAUAUAAUGGGUGUUCCCCUUGCUCCAGAACAUGAGAACAGUCCUAAAGCAGUCCAGAGCACUUGUCUUGCUCGUGUUCUGAAAGAAAUGAUAAAGGAAGUUACUUCCAUGCACAGUUUGGUUGCACAUAUUGCCACAAGUCUAUCUGAGCAGUCCCUACAUUCUUCCAUCAUUUCUACUCAAGGAAUUCAUCUAUUUCAAUGUUUUCAACAUAUUCAAGUUCCAACUCAGGGGCAAAGAUAUGAAAUCCUUGAAUCCAUAAUAAAAAACAAAUUUGACUUCAGUUUAGGGAGAUUCUGUGAUCUUGAUCUCCAUCAAAUUGCAAAGGAAACAGAAGGAUUCGUAGCUAGAGAUUUUACAGUGUUAAUUGAUCGUGCCAUCCAUUCAUGCAUUCUUAGGAGGGGAACUUGUAAAAAAGAAGAUUUGGUUCUAUCAAAUUUAGAUUUCCAAAAAGCUAUACAAGGUUUUACCCCAAUAUCCUUGAGAAACAUUAACCUGCAUAAGCCUCAGAAUUUGGGCUGGGAUAAAAUUGGCGGUCUUAAAGAAAUGCAGCAAAUACUUAGAGAUACUAUCCAGUUACCUGCAAAGUAUCCAGAAUUAUUUGCUAAUCUACCCAUACGGCAAAGAACAGGAAUCUUACUAUAUGGGGCUCCAGGAACAGGAAAAACAUUAUUAGCAGGUGUAGUUGCCCAAGAAAGUGGAAUGAAUUUUAUCAGCAUCAAGGGGCCAGAACUGCUCAGCAAAUACAUUGGAGCAAGUGAACAGGCAGUUCGUGAUGUAUUUAACAGAGCUCAAGCAGCCAAGCCGUGCAUACUUUUCUUUGAUGAAUUUGAUUCUCUUGUUCCUCGAAGAGGUCAUGAUAACACUGGUGUAACUGACCGAGUUGUUAAUCAACUGCUGACUCAGUUAGAUGGUGUAGAAGGCUUAAAAGGAGUUUAUAUACUAGCAGCCACUAGUCGUCCUGAUUUGAUUGACCCUGCUCUUUUGAGACCCGGUCGAUUGGAUAAGUGUCUAUACUGUCCGCCUCCUGAUCAGGUGUCCCGAUAUGAGAUUUUAAAAGCUCUGAGUCAUUCUCUCCCUUUGGAACAUGAUGUGGAUUUUCAGUAUUUGGCAGCAAAAACUGAGCAUUUCACUGGGGCAGAUUUAAAAGCUUUAUUAUACAAUGCCCAAUUAGAAGCAGUGCAUGCUAACUUGAACUCAACUUUGCCCCACGAGGUAGGUUCCAGCUCAGAUAGUGAUCUUAGUCUAUCUUCAAUGGUUUUCUUAAACCAAAGUAGUGGAUCAGAUGAUUCUGCCAGAGAUGGAGAAGGAGGCUUGGAGCAAUCAUUAACUUCCCUUGAGCUGUGUGACCUGCUUCCUGAGGACCCAAGAUCUAACAUCUACCGUCUUUACUUUGGCAGUUCCUAUGAAUCUGAACUUGGCAAUGGAACUGCUUCAGAAAUGAGUUCUCAGUGUUUUUCAGGAUCAAACUCCAUAAACCAUGAAUUAACCAGCAUAACUCUGAAGGAUUUAGUAUCUUCUCAGCCUCCAGCCUUAACCUUAAGAACAACUUUACAGGAAGGUUUCCAAGAAUGUAAUCAAGAACAAAUAGAACAACUCAGAGCAGAAAUCAGUGCCAUAAAAGCAAACUACAAAAGCAUGAAUGGAGAGGAAGGCACUACCUGCAUGUCAUCAAUAACCAAGAGAACUUUAAAUAUUACUCAGAUUCAUUUAAUGGCUGCUCUUGAAAAUACAAAGCCUUCCAUUAGUCAAGAAAACUGGAAGAGGUUUGCUGAGCUCUAUGAAAAUUUUCAAAAUCCAAAGAGAAAAGAAUCCAGUGGAGCAAUUGUCAAACCAGGACAAAAAGUAACAUUAGCUUAACUUCUGUUAAAGAAGUAGUAAUCAUGUUUACUAAUAAUUUUCUAGCAAAGUGUUUAUUUGCUAAAUUGUAUCUAUGAAUAGUCGAUGUUACUAUUAAUAUUGCAAAAACAUUUGUUUAUGUUAAAUUUUACCUAUCAAUAGUCUGUUACUAUUAAUAUGAUAAGGACAUUUAACUAAUUAUUUCAUGAUUAUUUUGCAUCAUUUUAAUUUUCAAGGUAUGUUUUACUGAAAACUAUAUUAAAACCUUUUGAGAUAUUACCUUUAUUUUGUAUUCACUUUUUUUUCUUGAGGGGAUUAGCAUUCUUGUUAUUUAGUCUCUUGCUCUUUCAGAAAUAAAUUCAGCAAUUUAACAACUGCCAGUCUGCUUUGAAUAACUUAUUGCUUUUAAAGAAAAGUGAAAGCUUAAUAUCAAUAUUUUAAAAAAUAUUCUAAGCAAUAGCUUUCUAAAUCAACUCACCCUAUUUUAUAGAGGGUGAGGGCAAAUGAUUGUAAUAGAAAUCUUCAUAUUCCAAUAUCUGCUGAAAAACUGAGGCAUCUAAGAGUGAGGCAUCCAACAGAACUUGCUGGCAAUUUUAUUUUUAAAAUGAAAAUAAAUUUAAUGCUCCCAUCAGGGAAUAAUUAGUAUGUAUCAAAUGUAUCAGCCUCUUUGAAUGAAAGCAGUUACACUAUGUUGGUAGCCCAGAUUAACUGGAGAAGAAAAUCUGAAGAAAACAUAUUGGAAUGAAUCGAAGCAAAGUGAUAACAUAUUCUUAAUGUAGUUUGAAAAUCUAAAGCAGGG